AUGUUCCUUUCGCAACACAAGAGGAGUAUAGUUCGAAGGAUUUGUUGGCCCUCGGCUAAGCGCUACCAUUCGGAACUGGUGCGCUGGUUCUACGCCACGGAUUCGCCCUUGGAAAAGCCGUACGAACCGAACUAUAAGCCUGUAAAGCCUCCGGUAAACUUUAUACCGUUCUCUAAAAGCGAUUCCGACCGUUUAGAGCGGUUCUAUAGCCUUGAAAGGCCCUCUGAGAAUCCCAUUUCGGUCAAUGAGGAUUAUCUGUUCGAAGUAUACUUGGAAGCAAGACGUCUGAAGCCCGCGUAUUGGGAUGGCCCUGUUUACGAGGUCCGGAGAGGCACCUGGUUUAAUAGCGAUGGCAUGCCUCUAAGUGAAGACCUGAGCGCCGAGCUAGCUGAGCUAUCGGCAAAGUGCGACGAAGAGAAGGAUUUCUUCAAGCUGGAGGGAAAAUACGACGAAGGUCGAUAUGUACUGUUCAAAGGGGAGAAGAAAGAUGAAGCCCUACUCAUACCCGAACUCUACGGUGGAACGUUGCAGCUCAGUUUACUGCGGAAGAGCACCUUGAUACCAAUUGGAUUUGUCAAGGUAACGAAAGGAUACUCUGAAUCAUUGACGAAGGGUGUGAUUCAAAAGGCUGCCGAGGGCCUAGAAACGCAGGUGCUGGACCAGACUAAACAGAUGGGCAAACUGUCAGACCUGCUUGGCUGGGAGUUCAUGGACUUGCUGCUGGGUUCUGCUAGCAGCUCCUCUGGUGAUAAGUUGAAUGAGGCAAUGACGCACAAGAUGGACCGAGAGGAAGUAAAACAAAAUAUAAACACCAGGGCACAAGCUACUAAAUUUCAAACAAACUAUAGAGAGAUAGACCACCUCAUACUUUGUGUUCAUGGCAUCGGUCAGAACCUUGGCAAGAAAUACCAAUACGUUAACUUUGCUCACACUGUAAAUCUGUUAAGGUCCAACCUCAAGCGGCUCUACAACAAUGGGGACUCAUGGAAGGCAUACAACCGAGAUGUUGUCAAGAGGCCUGAUUGGGAGUUUAAUAGCAGGGUACAGGUGCUCCCGAUUACUUGGCGGCAUGAUAUAGGAUUCAGUACCGAUGAGUUCGUAAAAGAAAAAGAACAGCCAGAAUUGCCUACGCUGGCCGAUAUAACCGUUGAUGGUAUCCGUCCAUUACGAAGGGUGUUUGGAGAUGUCGCUCUUGAUGUAUUGCUUUAUGGGGAGGAGUACUACCGCAAUCGCAUCAUGGAGAAGGUAGCGUCUCGUCUGAAUAAUGUGUACGACAAGUUUUGCCAUAAAAACCCAUCGUUUAACGGCCGCGUCAGUCUCAUCGGCCACUCACUGGGAUCACUUAUCCUGUUUGAUAUUCUUGCGCAGCACGAGAAGUACCACCUGCAUUUCGAUGUAGAAAACUACUUCGCAAUUGGUUCUCCGAUAGGGGUGCUAAAGCUCAUCCAACAGACUAAAAUUGCCCAUUACGGGGGUCCUUUACAAACCGACUUUGGCCUGAGAAUCGAUCGCCCGAAGUGCAAUCGUUUUUAUAAUUUGUUCCACUCGUGCGACCCCAUCGCCUACCGAGUGGAACCGCUUAUCGACACCAAACUGGGCCAGUACCGUCAGAAAAUUGUGCCAGCUGUUAGAGAAAGCCAGCUAGAGGUCAGGGUCCGGGAGCUUGGUGAUACAUUUACCUCAGAUAGCGGCUUAGAGAUGGUCAAGAUGCCUGAUUCUUUAUUGAAGAAAGUCACAAAACUUAACCACUUAGGCCGAGUCGACUUCUCAUUUGAGCCUCGACUAUGGGAGGUGGAUGCCCUCAAUGCAAUUAAGGCCCAUGUAAGUUACUUUGAAGAAGAGCUUGCGGCCUCUUUCUUCCUAGAUCAGCUCUUACGUCCUGUUGAGCCUGUCACAGAAGUCUACUGUCAGGCUUUGAAAAAACCGGCACUUUGA